GCCGCGGAGCAGGAAGAAGAAGAAGAAGAAGAAGAAGAUCAAGAUGCCUUCACACAAGACCUUCAUCAUCAAGAAGAAGCUCGGCAAGAAGAUGAGGCAGAACAGGCCCAUCCCUCACUGGAUCCGUCUCAGGACUGACAACAAAAUCAGGUACAACGCUAAGCGCAGGCACUGGCGCCGCACCAAGCUCGGCUUCUGAGGUUCUUUGCCCCAAUUCUCAAUGGCAAUUUUGAUAGGGGUUCUAGAUUUGAUGUUUAUUGCUUAGCCUAUGUGUAAGAACUCAUAAGAGUCUAUCUUUCCUAUCUCCAGACUUAUAUUUUCAAGUGAUAUUCAGACUUUAUAUGUUUUCUGCUUCGGUUUUUAAUCCCUAUGAUACAACAAUGUUGGAUGCUCUAAUCCCUAUUGGUUAUGUUAAGCUUAAUUCACCAGUAGAUUGAUUUUGAUC